AUGCGUUCCUUUACCAAUUGGACAUUGGCGCUCGCCGCCAUGAUGCUCGGGCAGACUCUGGCUGGACCUAUCCGGGUUCACCCUGGAGGUCCAGAAGAUAUUGUCGUCACCAAAUAUGAUACCCUUAAUGGCACUUUCGUAGGAGGAUCUAAGGCUGUUCAGGAUUCCACAAUGGCAACUUCUUCUGCCGCCCAGCUUCCCAUCUCAAUCGUCAACAAUAUGGCUGGCUCGUCCGCCGGCCAACUCAAUGCCUAUGUCAUUGGUCAAGACUCCAAUAAAAACGUUGUUCUUCUUGCUUCUGAUGGUUCAUGGUACUAUCCUCCCGGAACAACCUCUGGCGUCCCUGUCGCUAUUACUGCUGACCUCGCCCAACCCCUUGGCGCCGCUGGCUCUACCACCACCAUCACCCUCCCCGACUACGUCUCUGCUGGACGUGUCUACAUCGCCGAUGGCACUCUCCAAUGGUUCGUCGUCACCAACGGCGCCGGCGGCGCUGCCCUCGUCGAGCCCUCCCCCGUCAACCCAUCCGACCCUAACGCCGGCGUCAACUGGGGCUUCAUCGAACUCACCAACACUGAGGCAGGUGGCAUCUACGCCAACCUCAGCUACGUCGACUUCGUCGGCCUAAUCCUCGGCGCCUCGCUGCUCACCACGGACGGCAGCGUCCAAACUGCCGAAGGCCUCUCUUCUGACGCCGUCGCCCAGAUCUGUGCUGGCCUCGUCGCCCAAACCGCUUCUGAUGGAUACCCCUGGAGCAGUCUCUGCAUGACCGACAGCAGCGGCAACUACCUGCGUGCCCUGGCCCCAUAUGAUUAUAUCCAGGAUAAUCACGCAGAUGCUUGGUCAAACUACUUCACCGACUAUAUCAACUCCGUAUGGUCCACCUACAGCAGCAGCCCGCUCACCAUCGCUGCAGCUGCCGGCAGCUAUACAUGCACGACCGGUGGAAGCGACACCCUAACCUGCGGCGGUGACAAUCGCGGAUACGCGAAACCCACUGCUGCGGAUAUCUUCGGAUGCAAUAGCGGACCAUUUGCGAUUCAGGCGGGUGACAACUCCGAGCAUUAUGCUAUUGUUCCUAUCCUGUGUGCGGCAUUCAAUCGUGCUACGUUGUUGCUUGAUGGUGGUAAUGUGCAGCCUGGUCUGCCGGCGACGGAUUAUUAUACUGUGUCACCGACGAACUAUUAUAGUAAGUUGGUGCAUCAUUAUGAGGUUGAUGGAAAGGGGUAUGCGUUUUCGUAUGAUGAUGUGAACUCAUCUGGUGAAAAUGAGUCUGGUGCGCUUAUUGCGGCCAACCCCCAGUCGUUGACUAUCACUGUUGGUGGCCCGUCUUCGUCUUAA